UUAAAAAUAAACCUCCUUGUCAUGUGUUUGAUGGAUCUCAACUUAUAUCUGAGAUACGAAACUGAAAGUAUGUGCGGAUUUAAAAUAGAUGUUAAUCUCACUCACAGUUUUAAAGACUGGCUGAGGAGCAACUUUUUUUUUUCUUUUUUUUUUUUUUAGCAUGCAUACUAUCUCUUAAGCACGUUCUUUCCAUCUGUCAUAAUUCCUGGGUCAAAUCCAGGGAAAAUCACACAGGAAGUCAUUUUGGACAGUUCUCAGGAAAAAAAAUAAUAAUAACUUUUAUUUUUAACACAGAGGGGAACUGAGAUGUCAAAGCAAAACUUGAUUUACAGACUGGAGGAUAUCAUGUAUUGCAUUUGACUAUCAUAUUACUGCAGUAAUAAAAUAUGCAAAUAAUUUCUUUUGAGAAAUACAAUCAAUUAAAUAGAGGCUUUAAAAAAAAUGCCAGUGGCUGUCAUUUAAUGUCCUUCCACUACUCACCAGAAACCACUUUCUGUUUUAGACCGAGAUAAACACAUGUUGUGGCGCAAAGGGAGGGCGCAACAUUUUGCAGGAGGUCUAAACUCUUGAGAAACUUGCUGUUGGUUUAGCAUUUGGCUGUCAACAGCCAGUGGGGCUGACGGAGGCAGAGGGACUGGCACGGAGUAGAACAAGACUCUCGGCAGACAAUUGGAACAGGAAGCAAGGAAGGAAGGGGUCUUUCACCCGGAGGAAGACUAGCUAACUCAUUGGGAUUGUGACAAGACAGCCUCACAAUAACUCCAGAGACCACCCAUUGUAAGAGCAUCACACACACACACACACACACACACACGCAGUUAAAAGCAGAAAAGCAGCAGGAGGGACAAAGCUCAGAGAAACAGGCAGGCUCAGUCCUAAUAUCAGAAGCUGUUUUUAUUUUAUUUAUUUAUUUUUUUACUUCUUUUUUAAUACUGAUUAAAAAAAAUAGCUUUUUGCUUUUAUUUCAGCAUUCUUUGUUAUCUUUCCGAGUUGCAGUGAGACAGAAAAGGGGAAUUGGAUUUUUCACUUCUCUUUUUUUUUUUUGUGAAACCUUGUGCUUUUCACCGCUCUCGUUAUUCUGCCAAUGCCCACUGUCACAACAGCAGGUUCACUAAGGAUCGGAAGAUGAACACCACAGUGAAUGUCUCCUCGGAGUGUAUCAGAGAUCCCCGUGUGACAUCGGUGAUAUUCCCAGUUCUAUACAGCAUUCUUUGUGCCGUAGCCCUUGUGCUGAACUCUUUAGCCGCGUGGAUCUUCUUCAGAAUUCCCAGCACCACAACUUUUCUGGUCUUCUUAAAAAAUGUGGUGGUGGCCGACUUGCUGAUGUCUCUAACCAUCCCUAUCAAAAUCUUGAGUGAUGCAGGAGUGGGUUCCUUGCAGCUACGUGCCUUCCAUUGCAGAUUCUCUGCUGUCCUUUUCUACAUCACCAUGUACAUCAGCAUCUUAUUGCUGGGCCUCAUCAGCUUGGACCGCUUCCUGAAGAUCGUAAGGCCCUUUGGAAAGUGUGUCCCGCAGAAGGUUCGGGUUGGCCAGAGGCUGAGUGCAGCAGUAUGGAUUGUAAUGCUGUCUCUGGCCCUGCCCAAUGUCAUUCUCAGCAACCAGCCCCCUAAAACCUCGAGGGGCAAACUGAAAUGCUCCUCCAUGAAGGGCGAAGCGGGCAAACUAUGGCAUGCGGGAUUCAACUACUUCUGCCAGGUCAUCUUUUGGUGCACAUUUGCCUUGAUGGUGUUUUGCUACACGUUCAUCAGCAAGAAGGUCUAUGAGUCAUACAAAGCCUCAAAGAGCAAAUCUCAUGCUGCAAAUAGAAGAACCAAAGCCAAAGUGUUUGUGGUGGUGGGGGUAUUUUUCGUCUGCUUUGCCCCUUUCCAUUCUGUAAUCGUGCCCUAUAUGCUGACUCAAACACGCAGACUCAAACUUGCAGACUGCCGAGCAGAGAGCGCACUCUACAUCGCCAAGGAAACCACACUGUGGCUGUCUGCAACUAAUGUCUGCCUUGACCCGCUUAUUUACGUCUUCCUGUGCAAAGUGUUCAGGAAGAGACUGAUGACCAUGAUCUGCAAAGACCCCAAGGAGUCUUCCAAAUCCUCAUUGACGCACAUGGAGAUGUCACCAGUGGACCACACUACCAGGCUGUCACUCAAUGACACAUCGCACAUCAAUCAAUGCACAUCAGCCUCAAGCUUCGACUGCUGACGUCUUUCAUACCUGGACGACUGUUUACUGUUCGUUCUGUUAGAAAGCUUGCACAAACUCUUAAAAUGAGCCGACUGUGAAUGGACUCGGACAAAUCGGAUGUGCCAGUACUUUCAGUGCCUGUGGUUUCAGCGAAUGUCGUGCAAAAAUGUUUUUUGCUUACUCAUCUGACAUAUUUCCUUAACAAUGCUUACUGUCAAUGUCUGCAUCCUGUGGAUUAAUCUUGCUCAAACGGCACUUUCCCUUUGUUUCAGACUUACUGUAUUGGGGUGAAAAUAAUUUUGACAGAACACAUUUUAAAAUCUACUUGUCAAAGAAGAGCUAAAUAAAAACUGUAGCAGACCAGAAUCUGUUAGGGCAACCUGAUGACGAAAAAAAUGUGGUACUAAUCAUUGGAUUACUAAUAUUUUUGCAUAAGCGCGAUAUAUUCAUGUCUUAGUCGCACAGUAGUCAUUUUAUUUCUAUAAAGCUCAUUUGAAUAAUUAUGUAGCUUUAGCGGAUGAUACCACACUUUUUACAUGAGGUAAAGGCUGUGGUAUACCAGCUAUACCAGCUUUCAGAUGUAACUCGAAACUAGUUUUGCACAUGAAGAUCUAGCUUUCAGAUUCCAGAUCUGCGUUUCGGGGCUUGAAUUAAGCAUCUCAGAAAAACAAAGCAAAUCAGAAAAGGGGGUCAGAUUACCAGCUGUUGUGAGCUGGCUGCAGGUUAUUGGAAAAGAACAUACCUGCUAUAUUGUACUCUUACAAAACUACUGGUAACUGUAAUAACAUGGCCUUCCAGUUAGUUUCUGUAAGCACUAAUGAGACCAUAGGGCAGAUUUUAUGAUAAGUGACCCAGUUCUGCAUGUUUGCAGUGCUGUUUUAGUUUCAUGUGCCUUAAGUGAGGUUGUAAUAUUUACUGGAAAUUUGAUCAGAAAUAAUAUCACCAUUAUGGAGGGAUUGGUACCAAUUUUGUUUUUUGUUUUUUUUAGGAUUGUUGUUCCAUUUCUACCACAGAAAUGUUCCAAGUGCAGAGAAUUGUACAUUUUAUGUUGUAUUCUGAAGUACUUUUUAAUCACCAUAGAUUUUUUUUUCUGUUAUUACAAACAAAAUCUAUUUGAGUUUUUACUGCCAUGUUUCACAGUAAAAGGUUGUAAUAAUUAAAGACAACUCAUAGCGGUUGUCUUUACAAGUGCUCUGAAAAGAUUACCACAAAAACUCUUUCGGUCGUAAACUAAUCUUGACUGAUCUAUCUUCAAAAGACUGUUUUCUUCUUUUCUUAUUACAUGCAAAUAUGUAAUAUUUGUAAAAAAAAAAAAAAAAAAA